AUGCAAAAAGUUUCUAAUACUAUUCUUAGGCUAGGAAAAGUUUAUUAAAGAUUUAGUGGUUGUGGAAAUUGUCACUGCUGUUAGAAUAAGGAUUGCAAAAACAAUAAAAAUCAAGAAGAAAUACCGAUAACAAAAAAAUAUUCACAUUUGAUUAAUUUCAAAGAGACUGAUUAAGUAACAGAAACAUUAAAAGAAGUUACUGAAAAUACUGACAAUAAAGAAUUUGAAACAGUUAAUUAACCCUUUUAAGUCUUUAGUAAGAAAAAUAUUAACAAAAGAACAUGA